UAAGGUAAAACUGGUCAAAAAUUAGACAUGUGGUUUUGUGGUCUAGACCUAUUGUCGGUGUGUGUCUUUUGAUGCUCUUUGACAGGUUUCACGAUCAGUAUAAUAAUAACAAUCGGCAAUAAUCGGAUUGAGCAAGUUUUUUAUUUUAUAAUUUAUUAAAGUACUUGCUGAAUUUCCGAGACGACAUUAGACAAGUGCAGUUUUUUUUUUGAAUUAUAAAGUGAAGCAUUUAUAUAUUAUCAUCAACAUCAUCAUCAACUGUGUAGACAUAUUUUACAUUUUUUUUUAAAAAUAAAUUUGCAAAUGAAAUAAAAUUAAAAUGGCUGCAAAAUUGCAACAAUUUGAACCACCAAGUUCAGCAAGUUCAGAAAGCGAUGGAGAUGUUUGUCUUGAAGAACAUGGUAAUUUUCUUGUAGACGAUGCUUCUCAGGAUUAUGAUUUACAUAAUGACAUGACAUCACCAACACCACAACCACCAAGACCACCAUCAGCUGGUUCUCAGAAUCCAAAGUCACCUCGUUCAAGAAGACAAAGAACAACAAGCAUGUCACAAUCAAGUAAAAAAACAUCAUCAGAAUCAAUACUUCGUAGUAAAUCAAGAACAAUAUAUACUGCUGGAAGACCACCUUGGUAUAAUUAUGCAGGACAACAAGUUGAGCCAUUUGUUAUUGGUAUAUGUGGUGGUAGUGCAUCUGGUAAAACAACUGUUGCUACUAAAAUUAUUGAAUCACUGGAUGUUCCUUGGGUCACCUUACUAAGCAUGGAUUCAUUUUACAAAGUAUUGAAUCAAAAACAACAUGAAAUGGCUGAACGUACAGAAUACAAUUUUGAUCAUCCAGAUGCAUUUGAUUUUGAAUUAUUAAAAAUGACAUUACAACGACUUAAAGAAGGAAAAAAAGCUGAUGUUCCAAUUUAUAAUUUUGUUACACACAGUAGAGAAAAUAGAAGUAAACCAAUGUACGGUGCAAAUGUAAUAAUAUUUGAAGGUAUUUUAACAUUUUACAAUGAAGAAGUUAGAAAAUUGUGUGAUAUGAAAGUAUUUGUUGAUACUGACGCUGAUGUAAGAUUGGCUCGUCGUAUACGUCGUGAUAUAUCACACAGAGGUAGAGACUUGGAGGAGGUACUUAAACAAUAUUGUACAAUGGUUAAACCAUCAUAUUUUUAUUAUAUUGCACCAUUGAUGGUACAUGCUGAUAUAAUUGUUCCACGUGGAGGUGACAAUGCAGUUGCUAUUGAAUUAAUUGUUCAACAUGUUCACACUCAAUUACAGCUGAGAGGAUUUAAAUUACGUGAAAAAUUAGCACACUCAUAUAUUGGUCAGCCAUUGCCUUCAUCAUUGUAUAUGCUACCAGAUACACCUCAAGUAAAAGGACUCCACACAUUUAUACGUAACAAACAUACUGAUCGGGAUGAGUUUAUAUUUUAUUCACGACGAUUGAUACGUCUUGUAAUUGAAUAUGCACUUUCGUUGUUGCCAUUUGAGGAAAUAACUGUAGAAACACCACAAGGAGUAUCAUAUAAUGGUAAACAAAGUGCAACUGAUAAAAUAUGUGGAGUAUCUAUAUUGAGAGCUGGUGAAACAAUGGAACAAGCAUUGUGUGAUGUUUGCAAAGAUAUUAGAAUUGGUAAAAUACUUAUUCAAACAAAUUCCGAGACUGAUGAACCAGAGUUGUAUUAUCAACGUUUACCAAAAGACAUAAAAGAUUAUCGAGUUAUAUUGAUGGAUGCAACAGUAGCAACAGGUGCUGCUGCAAUGAUGGCAAUACGAGUUUUACUUGAUCAUGAUGUUCCUGAAGAAAAUAUAUUAAUUGUAUCAUUAUUAAUGGCUGAAUCUGGUGUUCAUUCAAUUGCCUAUGCAUUUCCAAGUGUUAAAAUUGUAACAUCAGCAUUGGAUCCAGAGAUAAAUGAAAAAUUUUAUGUUCUUCCGGGAAUUGGUAAUUUUGGUGAUCGUUAUUUUGGUACUGAACCAACUGUAAUUGCCAAUGAACUUGAAUAGAUAUUAUCAAUCAAUUUUGUAAAUAAUAAUAAUUAUUAUUAUAUUAUACA